GUCUCUACCCCCGCCUCUCGAGCUCCAUGUUUCCAACAGUCCAGUGCAGGACAGGGAACAGAAGCAGAGACGCUAUAGGGCUGAUAUUGUCAAAUUCGAAAGGAAAAGUGGGUGUCAACGGAACUGAAUGGAAUGGAAUUAUGAAGCUUCUUUCAUUCCAACUAUUUUUUGGCAGAAAGAGGUGUAUUGGCUGUUAGAGGCUGAGGGGAACAAUCUUUUUCAUAUAUAUCUGACAUUAGUUUUAUAUUUUUAACAAAAUUUUAACACCUUGGGCUUAUGAACCACUACUUUUUCCAACAAGGCUCUUUUUUUUAUAUUCAGUUUCCAUUGAAUUGAAGACCACAUAGCAUAAAUAUGAAUAGUGGCGACUCUACCUUGAUUGACUCUAUAAUUUUCAAUCACACUCUCUGCGAUGGAUGGACCAACAGCACCGAAGGUGCCAUCUACCAUCUGGGUAACACCAUUCUUUUUUUGGGCUAUAUGGGUGGUAGUGGAGCAUAUGGGGCUCUGUACAUCUUCAGCUUUUUGGCUCCCGCUUUCCUCUGUCUGGCUCUGUGGGGCUGGUUGACAGUGUGUGGCCUUGAUGUUUUCCUCUGGAACUUGCUGCUGAUGCUGCAGUGUUUGGCCCAGGUGUGUCAUCUGAUUUUUCGGCUGAUGCAGGACGGUUUAGCUAACGAGGAGCUUUCUGCGCUUUACACAGCUGUCUAUCUGCCUCUGGAUGUACCUGUGCAUGUGUUUAAGGAGAUUACGGCUGCCAGCGAGAACAAAGCGCUCUCUCUAGCGGCUGAGGAGACGUAUGCUGUCGAGGGGAAGACACCCAUUGAUCAGCUGUCUUUUCUUCUUUCUGGCAGGAUUAGAGUGUCCUUAGAAGGUCAGUUUCUCCAUUAUAUCUUCCCUCACCAGUUUCUUGAUUCUCCAGAAUGGGAGUCUCUAAGACCUACAGAGGAGGGCAACUUCCAGGUGUCACUGACCGCAGAGACGGACUGCCGUUACAUCUCUUGGCGCAGACGUCGGCUUUACCUUCUGCUGUCUAAGGAUCGUUACAUUGCCCGACUUUUCUCAGUCAUGCUCGGGAGUGACAUUGCUGACAAACUCUACUCGCUCAAUGACAAGCUGUUUGCCAAGAGUGGUGUGCGCCUUGAUAUCCGUCUGCCCAGUCUCUACCACGUCCUCGCCCCCUCGCCACAGGGCAGUGAGGGUGGCAGUGCUAGUUCACCGCCCAGGGGGAGCCAAGGAGAUGCUACAGUCAUGCCAAUUGAUCCAGCCCAGUCUAACCAGGCCUUAGAAGCAAGAAACGUCCAUCCGGACCAGGGAAAGACCCCUGUGCCCAAACCUCCACACCAGCUCUGGCCCUCAGACACUGAGAUGCCCUCUGGUGAGGAUUCAACAAGCUUGGUUCUGGAGGACUUUGCUGAUAUGACAGGCUCUCUAAUGGACUAUGGGAGUGAGAGAGAUUAUUUGAAGUAAAGGUUGGGGUGUUGAUGCUAACACACUGGGACACUUCUUAAAUCACAAUAGGAUGAUAAUCCAGGAAGACUUCGAUUCCAAAGAGGAGGUGCCCCACUGGCCCCUACUGACACCCCAAAGCUGUAGG